CCGAGUCUGGGGAGGGCGAGAAGAAGACCGACGGCGCGAAGGGGAGGCAGGAAGCAGUGAGGGAGAGACCGGGGACGCGGGGACACGGGGGACAGAGAGGGGGGCCGGAGCCUCUGCGCGGGGAGACCGUGUCCCAGAGAGGGAGAGACGGGCAGGAAGUCCGCGGCGGAACGGCGGACCCGGGCUCGGCCACCUCGAGUGCCACUGUUUCCAGGCGGUUCCUGAGGUCUGUGAAACAGUAGUCUUCGCAGGUGCCUGCCCCUCUGUUCUCGGCCCCCAAUACUAGCCCUCGGGGCAUCCCAGCCUGGAAAAAUGAGGACCCGGAGGUGGAAAGACCCCGGCCUCGAGGAGGCGGGGCACAGCCAGGGUGGGAGAACACGGCCCACCCGGGCAACCCGGCUGUGAACCCGGGUUCACAGUGGCUUCACUUCCAUUCUUCUAGGGGUGAGUGCGGGGCGGAGCAGGAUGGCGCUGGUGACCCGGAGACUGAGGUGGGGAAGGGGAGGGAGAUACGUGGUGGGACCCUGUCCUCCUCCUCCCCACCUGCUCCGCAGUUCAACCGAGGCUCGAAAAGACAGAAUAUCUGGUAGAGCAGCAAUCACAGCCUCUCUGUGCCGCCUCGUGGCGACAAGGAAGAAAGGCAAGAGCCAGUGACCCUGUUGAGAAAGGGAAGGAAACUCGCAUAUAGGGGCAAUUGCGGCUGUGGCUCUGGGUGAGUUGGUGUCUGGCCAACAAGUGAAUCUGCCACCCCAUCUGCCCGAAGGGUACCAUCCCCCAGCUCACCCGUUCUGCCCUGGUGCCUUGGAUCCCGCCUCUCCCACAUGUCCCCCAUGAUUUUCUGCUCCUCCUGCUCCUGCUGGGCUGGGCCUGAGUCACUUCCCAGGCCGCACUCUGGGAAAGGCUGCGCGGGACCCACGGUCACAAGUGACAGGCUCGGGCUGCAGUGCCGGCUCUCCGUCUCCCAGCCAGCCAGGCCUUCCCAGGUGACAUCAGGAUAAGCCACUGGCCCCCAGCGGCCACGGUAUUCCUCUCUGAGCCCCAGGACCCACGGGGGAAGAAAGGCUGUGAUCCCCUGGCAGGGGAAACCCACAGGAUUAAAACCAGCACACAUUUUCCACUCAGCUGGGGGCCAGGAAAGGAUGAAUGUGCGCCUCCAGGAUGAUGACUGCUCUGGCAAGGCUCCCUGUGGCAGAGAGGGGUGACCGUCCCUCAGCCCAGUGUCCUCACGGCGUGAGCCCUCACAGGGCCGCUCACAUCAGGCGCCGAUUCUUCCUCUGUAUAAGGAGACCACUGGGCAGCUGAGCCCGGAGGCUCCUUCCUGGACUGACCCUGCAGAGCCACAAAGAAUCACAUCAUUUUGAAAUACUCAUGGCAGAGGAAGGGGCCAUCCUCACCAGGAACCUGAAAGCUGCCGUCUCCGCCAUCCUCCAGGGCUACCCUGGCGGGCAGCCUCCAGUGACAGAUGCCAGCGCUGAGCUGCACAGACUCUGUGGCUGCCUGGAGCUGCUGCUACAGUUUGACCAGAAAGAGCAGAAGAGCCUCCUGAGGCCUCGGAAGGAUUACUGGGACUUCCUCUGCUCUGGCCUACGGCAACAGCGGGGCAGCACGGAGCCGGCCCGCUUCGUCUGCUCACAGGACAAGUUGAAGACUUCUCUAGCAAAAGGCCGUGCCUUCAUCCGCUUCUGCCUAGCCCACGGACAGCUGGCCGAGUCCCUGCAGCUCUGCCUUCUGAACCCCGAGCUCACCAGGGAAUGGUAUGGCCGGAGCCCUCUGGUGUGCCCUGAACUCCGGGAAGACCUCCUGGAUUCUCUCUAUGCUCUCAAUGGAGUGACCUUCGACUUGAACCUGCGGUGGCCGGACCUAGAUGAAGCCUGGCCCAUGUUCUCAGAGUCUUGCUGCCCCAGCCGGACCCAGGGAAGAAGACCCAGAAAGACCAAAGACUCCCCAAAGCAGAUCUCAGCCACACAUGGAAACCCCACAGGAGUCCAGCCAGAGGAGCUGCACACUAGCCAAACCAGCUGUCUGCAAGAUGCACCCAGGGAAGACUGGUUGGCCGGACUCCCCAGGUCCCAGCAACAAAGGCACCUUCCUCCCUUUUUGGAAAAGAAAGGAGAAGAUCCCAGGAGCCUCGGGUCCUCCCAGGGCAUGUGGGAACCAGCAGGGGAGGAACUUCAGCAAGCCCAGGAGAAAGCCCCAAGAACUGGGAUCUGCCUGGAGAUUUCAACACCCAGCAUCCAGGGACAGGGAGAGGGGUCUGAGAGGGCUCCAAAGGAGGUGAUAGGCACAGAGGCCAAGGGCAGAAGGAUUAUUCCCAGGGCGGAGGGGACUCAUGAAGGGGGAGCAGAGCAGGGUCAUGUCCAUAGGCUACUGGCCUCCAGCCCUACAGGGACAAUAGAGGACACAAUGUCAGGGAACCAGCAGGACUGGGAGGUGCUUAGCAUUCCAGGGGAGCCCGGGGUCCUUUGGGGCCUGGGAACAAAGGAAGACUUCACCCCAGAGAAACCACAAGAGGAAACAGGAGAGACCAGUGUGACCAGGAGGAAGGAGCAAGCAGAAGUGGCCUUGCAGGAUGUGGUCAAGAGCCUGAGACGUGGGCUCCGGAAGACCGAGGAGCGGGCGCAGCACCAGGAGCAGCUGCUGAGGGAGAAGGAAGGGGAGCUUCGGACACUACAGGAGCGGCUCAGCAGGUGUCAGGAAGAGAGGGCCCGGCUGCAGACAGAGCUGGAGCAGAAUCAGCAGGAGGCUGAGAGGAGGGACGCCAUGUAUGAGAAGGAGCUUGGAGGGCAGCGGGACCUGGUCCACGCCAUGAAGAUGAGGGUGCUGGAACUGAUUCAAGAGAAGGAUGACCUGUGGCAGAAGGUCCAGCAUCUCUCUUCCAUGGCCCCCGGAUGCUGUGUUGACUGCAGCAAGGUCUUUGGCCGGCUGUCUCGGCGGUACCCAUGCAGGCUCUGCGGAGGCCUGGUUUGCCAUGCCUGCUCUGUGGAUUACAAGAAGAGAGGGCGCCACUGCCCACCCUGCUCCCAGAAGGGAGCAGCUCAGUUCGACCAAUGAGAUCACCCAGGAAUGGCCACCCACCCCGUCCCGUCAGCUCCCUCCCCUCCGCCCUUCCCACCCCUCUGGUCUGCCCUGUCCUGCCUUCUGGAAGUUGGUGACCUGAGGCGGACAGCACUUGUGUGCGCAUUCUGUAGUGUGGGAGUGGAAGGAGCCAGGCUGGCAGGCAGGAGGCAGGAGGCAGGUUGAAGCCCUGCAUCCACCAUCCAUGAGCUGGGCGACUUGAGAGAGCUCACAGCUGUCUGGGCUUCUUCUGUAAGUGAGGGAGCUGGGCACCAUCCUCUCUAAAGUUCCUCCAGGCUCAGAAUGUCCUUGACCAAGAAGAAGACCCAGGGACCCUGACAUUUCCCACACUCCCACCUCACCCAGCCCACUGCUCACCACACUCAGGAGCAUCCUGUCUGCUUUGAAGGUCUGCUUUUGUUGUGUUUUUGUCUUUAACAUCUUUCCUGAGUUACUAUUGACAUUUAACACACUUCACAUAAAUUGUACAAUUUGAUGAGUUUUCACUUUAAUAUAUACCCAUGCCACCAUCGCCAUACUCGAAAUAAUGAACAUCAUUCCCAUCAUUCCCCAAAUUUCUUCAUGCCCUUUGUAACCUCUCCCUCCUCCUCCUCUCUCCCCGGCACCCACUUAUUUGCUUUCUAUCACUGGAGACUAGUUUUCCAGAAUUUUAUAUAAAUGGAAUCCUAAUUAUACACUCUCUAUUGUCUGCCUUCAAUAGUCCCUUUUUACUAUUGAGUAGUAUUCCACUGCAUGGAUAUACCACAAUUUGUUUACACAUGCAACUGUUGCCUGACAUUUGGAUUAUUUCCAGUUUGAGACUGUUACAAAUACAUUUCCUAUAACCAUCUGUGUACAAA